CGUUAGCCAACUCUUCACGUCGCACGAAAGCGUCGCUCGAGUUGGCGCCAACCUCCUGCAGACGUGCAGCGGAUUGUACAAGGCGAUCGAUCCGUGACUACACGUCUGGCUUGCAUGGUUGCCAACGUAACUGCAUGUUAAGCUGUCGUCACGUCCAGAGCCGACAAUACCUAUGUCGGAUGCAUUUCUGUCAACGUUAUCGGUCAUUACUGGCUCGUUGUGUGUGCACAACUCGCCAUCCGCCCGGAUUCUCAAUUUGACUUCGCGUAUUAGUCGCGGGGGUAAGACCAUCCUUCGCUACUGCCUUUCCCAUGAUGGGCGGGUUUCAUUGUCUAUUGAGCAUGAAGAAGUCGACCGGUGUGUUCACAACGACACACUCACCUGCUGUUCGAGUGCGACGGCCUUCAGUCCGCUCUCUUGUGAGGAUCACAUCAUGCCUGCAGCUAUUGCGAAAUCUUCGUUCGACCGAUUGUUGGCCAUCGCUGCUCAAAAUGGCGUAUUGCCGUGCUUCAGGAGCUACUGGACGUGGCAGGCCAGAUCGCAUCGCAAUAAAUCGCAUGGCACAGAGUGGGUUGAGCAGGCAGGUUGGAAAGGGGACGUAGUUUGACGGAGCCAGAGUGACACAUCGAGAUCCGGGUGCUUGUGUCAAUGCCCCUCUUUGGCCGCCUUGUGCUUUUUGCUUACGGAGCCGGCCAUCGCACUAUAUUUACUUAUUGUUUGAAAACCUGGGAUAAAUAAAACGGCUCACUAUCUGUACAUCAUUCUGUAUC